GAGCCCGAGUCCGAGCGCGAGCAGAGUCGGGCUGAGGCGGCGGCGGAGGCGGCCCCGCCCCAGGGCUCCAUUGUUGCGGCGGCCGCGGCUCCUCCAGGUACUCGGCUCUGUUUCGUUCGGCCCCGAGCGAGUGCCGCCGAGGCGGUGGCCUGAGAUUCUUCUGAGAUUCUUUCUUUGGUGAGGGUCGUCAGAAGGAGGCACAGGUCCUGAAAAAUGCUUGUGGGAGAUGCUGCGCGAGCAGGGAGUAGGGGACUGUAGGCGAUGAGGCCACACGCGUCCCUGGGGGAUGUCUCGUCAGCCCAAAUACUUAACCUGGAAGAAGGUGCGAGUCUUGAGUGGAAACGUGGGAACCGCUUUCUUGGGAAAUUAGCAGGUGGUCUCGGCAUUCCACACAGGAUUUGCUCUCAAAGAGUGGUUUGGUUUCCUGAGCAACUACAGGUGGACCCUGGGUGCUCCGUCCUUGCCCCUGGAGGAGGUGUGUGAGGAAGACCAUUUCACGCAGACCAGGACACUCCUGCCUGGCCAUCAGGGCACCCGGCUCCCCGUUGAAGCCUUUAUACCAAAUCCCGUGUGCACUCUGCAGCAAUGGAAGAAUUAAUCGUUGAACUCCGUCUCUUUCUUGAGCUCCUGGACCACGAAUACCUAACGUCAACCGUCAGGGAGAAGAAGGCAGUGAUCACAGACAUCCUGCUGAGGAUACAGUCGUCCAAAGGUUUCGACGUGAAGGACCAUGCUCAGAGACAAGAGACCCCCAACAGCCUGCCAGCGCCUCCCCAGAUGCCUUUGCCGGAGAUCCCCCAGCCGUGGCUGCCACCUGACAGUGGGCCGCCACCGCUCCCGACAUCCUCUCUCCCGGAAGGUUACUACGAGGAAGCCGUGCCACUGAGCCCAGGGAAAACUCCAGAAUAUAUCACGUCAAAUUAUGACUCGGAUGCCAUGAGCAGCUCUUACGAGUCUUAUGACGAGGAGGAGGAGGACGGAAAGGGCAAGAAGACGCGGCACCAGUGGCCAUCCGAGGAGGCCUCCAUGGACCUGGUGAAGGAUGCCAAGAUCUGUGCAUUCCUGCUGAGGAAGAAGCGCUUUGGCCAGUGGAGCAAGCUGCUGUGUGUGGUCAAGGACGCCAGGCUGCUGUGCUACAAAAGCUCCAAGGACCAGCAGCCCCAGAUGGAACUGCCCCUCCAAGGCUGCAACAUCACUUACACCCCGAAGGACAGCAAGAAGAAGAAGCACGAGCUGAAGAUCACCCAGCAAGGCACAGACCCGUUGGUACUUGCGGUCCAGAGCAAGGAGCAGGCCGAGCAAUGGCUGAAGGUGAUCCGAGACGUCUACAGCGGCUGCAGCGGGCAGGCGGAGUCAGAAGGCCCUCCCCCGUCGAGCUCCCCGGUGCACAAGACAGAGCUGGAGAAGAAGCUGUCUUCUGAGAGACCCAGCUCGGACGGGGAGGGCGUCAUGGAGAAUGGAGUCACCGUGUGUGAAGGAAAAGAACAAGUCAAGAGGAAAAAAAGUUCCAAAUCAGAGGCCAAGGGCACUGUGUCCAAAGUCACUGGGAAGAAGAUCACCAAGAUCAUUGGCCUGGGGAAGAAAAAGCCCUCGACGGAUGAGCAGACCUCGUCCGCGGAGGAGGAUGUCCCCACCUGCGGCUAUCUCAACGUGCUCUCCAACAGCCGCUGGCGGGAGCGCUGGUGCCGGGUCAAGGAUAACAGACUCGUCUUCCACAAGGACAGGACCGAUCUCAAGACCCACAUCGUGUCUGUUCCUCUCCGCGGCUGUGACGUGAUCCCGGGCUUGGACUCCAAGCAUCCCCUGACCUUCCGACUGCUUCGCAACGGGCAAGAGGUGGCCGUGCUGGAGGCCUCCUCUUCGGAGGACAUGGGCAGGUGGAUUGGGAUUUUGCUGGCCGAGACAGGGUCGUCCACAGACCCUGGGGCCCUGCACUACGACUACAUCGACGUGGAAACGUCUGCAAAUGUCAUCCAGACGGCCAAACAGACCUUCUGUUUCAUGAACAGGCGCGGCAUCUCUGCCAACCCGUACCUGGGGAGCACCGCCAACGGCUACGCGCACCCCAGCGGCACGGCCCUGCAUUACGACGACGUCCCGUGCAUUAACGGCUCGUGGGACCCCGAAGACGGCCCUCCUGCUUCCGGUGCCAGGGGCCUGGGAGAAGAGGUGCUCUAUGAUAACGCGGUCCUGUAUGAUAACUUGCCGUCUCCGAAAAUCUUUGCGCGCUACCCGCCUGCUGACAGAAAGGCUUCUAGGCCGCCUCCCGACAAACUGUUCUGUAACCAUUACAAAUACCCUCCCUCCUGCAGUCUGCCUCCCACUAACCCCUCAUCUCUGGGGAGGGCGUCUCUCGGGCUCAGCACUCAGUUGAAGGGUAAAAAGCCCCCAGUAGCCUCCAAUGGGGUUAUGGGAAAAGGGAAGACCCCGAUCAACCAGCAAAAAAAGGCGGAUUCCGUAGCCGGUAUGAAGCGAACAUCUUCAAAUGCCGACCAGUACAAAUACGGCAAAAACCGGGUCGAAGCCGAUGCCAAGCGGUUGCAAGGCAAAGAGGAGGAGCUGCGGAAGCGGAAGGAGACCCUGCGGAACCGUCUGGCCCAGCUCCGGAAGGAGAGGCGGGACCUGCGGGCUGCCAUCGAAGUGAACGCUGGCAGGAAGACCCAGGUGGUUCUGGAGGACAAGCUGAGGCGGCUGGAGGAGGAGUGUAAGCAGAAGGAGGCCGAGCGUGUCAACCUGGAGCUGGAGCUCACGGAGGUCACGGAGAGCCUGAAGAAGGCCCUGGCUGGUGGGGUCACCCUGGGGCUGGCCAUCGAGCCCAGGUCGGGGACGUCGAGCCCGCAGUCUCCAGUUUUUAGGCAUCGCACUCUGGAGAGCUCGCCCAUGUCCAGCUGUGAGACCAGCGACGCUGAGGGCCCUGUGCCGGUGAAUAGCGCGGCCGUGUUGAGGAAGAGCCAGCCGGCAGGCAGCUCCCCCUGCCGGGGACACGUGCUGCGGAAGGCAAAGGAAUGGGAGCUGAAGAAUGGGACGUAGAGGGACGGCUGGAUGCCCCGCUCGCAGGUGCUGUCCCGCCGCCGCUGCAGGAAGCCCCGCCCGCGUGGCCGCCGCUCUGGGCGCCAGGGCCAGUGGCCGAGCCCCCACGCCGCCGGCGCCCAGACCUGCCUGCACGUCCUCUCCUACUGUACUUGUCCCUGUAAAGAAAUUCACCUGUGACACCGGGGUCCCCACCUCUCUCUGUUUAAGAGCAGAAAGGGAGGUAGAGGAGUCCCGGGGCCGAUGGGAAGCUGCGUCUUUUUACCGAGCUCAGCGAGUGCUCUCCCCGUGUCCCCCGCACUCCAACGGCAGGCU